AUGCAUGGUCAGAGCACAGUGCGCACACUACAGCGAGAUGCCGACCAAGAGAGGCACACUUCAGAGCUUCGGCCGGGGAUAGCUGGCUUGCGGGCUGCCAUCCCUCCCUUGCCGAGUGCAUCAGUACUCCAUCCAGCAGAUAGAGAUCAAGCUGUGGAGAUGCUGAGUAGAACAACUAAGGAGCUCGAGAAAGUAACAGACGAGCGAGAUCUGGCUCUAUCAGAGGCUCGAAUGUUGAAGCUGGAACUGGACAAGCGCGAACAGAAGAUACACUCUCUCACUGAACGAUGCGGAGAUCUUCAGCACGACGACGCUGAGGAAGAGGUCUUACCCUCUCUAUCAAGCUCGCUGACGACUACACCAAGGAACGGCGAUAACGAAGAAGAGGAUGAUGACCGAGGAACUCUCGAGAGGCUCAUAGAUGCACUCACUGGUCGAGGAGAGGACGAGACCGAGACAGAACAUGUGCUGCAUUCUCUGGAGCAUGUCGUUGAACGGCUGAGCCAAAGGUGCCGAGUACUCGAGGCUGCUGUAGUUGAUGCCAAACAAGAGCUCAAGUGGUGGCGAACUGGUGGUGGUACCGCCACUUUCAAUGAAGCCUAUGCGAAGGUGAUGGCUGAAAAUGAGCGUCAUCUGCGGCUCGAGGGACAGAGGCAUUCGAAAGAGAAGUCCGACUUGCGGCACAGCCUCGCACAGAAAGAGAACAAGAGGUUCAGCAGUGUAGGCCCGCUACGAGGAGCUUUGGCGGAGGUCACUGAGGUUACUGCUAGACAAUAA